AUGAACAACCGCAACGAUGGCGACGACGACGACGACGAUGAAGAAGACUACGACCUCCUCGACCCCUCAUCCUCCACCACCCUCCUCAGCGCUUGGGACGUCGACGACGACGAUAACGCCCACGAACCCGACUACUACACCCUCCUCAACCUGCGCCGGCAGCCGCCCCCGACCGACGCCCAGAUCCGCUCCGCCUACCGCACGCUCACCCUCUCGUUCCACCCGGACAAGCAGCCGGCGCAACUGGCCGAGGCGGCCAAGCGGCACUUCGAGCGGAUCCGCGAGGCCUACGAGACGCUGAUCGACGCGCGGAAGCGCGUGGUGUACGAUCUGCUGGGGGCGGAGGCGGUGCGGGAGGAGUUUGGCGAGGCGGAGCGCGUUGCUGCUGCUGCUGCUACCCCUGGAAGUGGGGGGAGGGCGGCGGAGUGGCGGGUGGGGUUGAAGGCGAAGAGUCCCGAGGAGUUUCGGCGGUGGUUUUUGGAGAGGAUGAAGGCGAGGGAGCGGAGGGCGGUGAAUUCCUUGGUGGAGGGGAAGGGGACGUUUACACUCGGCGUGGACGCUUCGAAUACCAUCACCAUUGACAGGGAUGCCGGGGAGGUCUAUCUUAAUGUCCCGGAUCCGAAAUUGUCCAAGUUUGGCGUGGCGUUUGCCUUUAAGGCGCCGUUGCCGACAUGGAGGAAUGUUGCGGGUGAGGAUGAGACGGAGGAUGAUUAUGAUGACAACGAGAAAGAGGACGGUGCGGCCCCGCGGAAUGACCUGGGCUCGCUGGAGGAUGGACCGGAGAUGGUUAUCAAUGCCGGGAUCUCGGGCAAGAUUCGUCAUUUGACGCAGAAGUUGCAGGUUCAGAUCGAAGAUCAGGAGCCGGAGGCUGUGGAGGUUCCUGUCCCCUUGGUCAUCUCGACCAAAGAAUUGCAACUGGGUGUGGGCGUAUUUCGCGCCUUCGGAGACCUGUCCGGCUCCAAGGGCAUCCUGGGCAAGCCUGCCCUGUCGUUCCUUCAGUACUCGGGCCUGUCGGUGAAUGCUUCGGUGCUCCCAAUCCCAGAGCUCGAUGUCAACUGGGCGAAACCUUUCACCCUCGUCCGCGGGACGAGGCCUUUCCGGCUGGUGCUGAACACGGUGUUUCAACGGCCGGUUUGGGCUGCUCCGCCGAUAAUGGGCGUUCGGCUGUCGAAGCAGAUUGGCGAGCAGAAACAUGUGUUUGCCAGCUUGAACAGUGGAACGCUCGUCUGGCCCGUUUGGUUCCGCCAGCUCCUCAGUCCAAGUUACGAGAUUCAAGAUGACUUCAAGCACCUCCUCUCUAUCCCAGGACAACUGAGCCAAUUCCAAUUAUGUCUCUUGUCUCAGCCGACGACCAAGUACAUGGCUAGUAUUGACGAUGAUGAGGAUGACGGCGAGUUGGACGAGGACGUCGAGUUUGAGGAUGUCCGCUCUCAACACCGCAAAAACCACCGUGCUGCCGAAGCGUGGCAGGCAGGAGUCGCAGUCAGCCCGCAGAUGGGUGGUCUGUCCUUCAACUACUCCCGCAACAUCUUCUCUGGCAAGCCGUCCACCGAUGCAUCACUUUCCCAAUGGAGCUCGGAGGGACAUUAUCGCCUACCUCAAGAGAAUGAACCACGGUCCGUGAGGGUCGGCAUCGAGAGCAUGGUCGGUUUCGACCUGUCGCUUGAGUGGCAUAUCGAGGGAACCCGUCGGGUUGGUGACCUGGCCCGCAUGGGGCUGGGCGUUGGUGUCCAAUCGUCGAAUGGCCUGGUUAUGACCAUUUCCUGGAGCAGACUGGGGCAGAAAAUCAGACUGCCCAUUACGGUGUGCUCCUUCGAAGCGGCCAACGCUGAUGCCGCUGCUGUGGCGGUCCUGCUUCCCUGGGUCGCAUACUGCGCGCUGGAAUUCGGGUUUAUCCGUCCGAGGGAGCGGAGGAAGCACCGUCGGGUGAUCGCCCGACGACAGAAGCAGCUCAAGAAGCUGGUCCCCACGAAGAGGGAAGAGAGCCAGCAGGCGAUCCAGCUGAUGAUGGACCAGGUGCAGCGGCGUCGUGACCGGGAGGCCGCGCACGAUGGCUUGGUGAUCACCCGGGCCGAAUACGGCCACUACCCCAAGAAGAAGCGGAGCGAUGGCAGCGAGAGGGAACCUGACGUGGCCGAUGUCACUGUUCCGGUCAUGGCGCUGGUCGACAACGGUCAGUUGGUGAUCCCCAAGAACACGGCCAAGUUCCACAUCCUCGGGUUCUACGACCCUGCACCUCUCCAGCCCAAGACCUUGAAGAUCUGGUACACGUACCACGGCAAGGAACAUUAUGUGGAAGCGGGUGAUAAGGAAGGCGUUGCCUGCCCCAUGCGAUCGCAUAUGCUGUAA